AUUUUUCUUAAUUCAUAUGAAAAUCUUAAAACAUUAUCUAUUAUGAUAUAGAGGAGUAUUACAUUUAAUUGGUAUGAGUGUUACAUCCAAAUCCGUUAUAUAAAUAUAGGUUAAAUACUUAAAUUGUAGUAUGCUAAUUUAAAGAGAAAAAGGCACAUGAAAUAUAGGUGAAUCUCCUACCCUAAUAAUCCGAUUAAACCAAAAACAUGUCUUCCGGCCAUAACUCCUCCGGUAAUCUCGCGAUGGCCAUUGCUCUUCUUUUUGCCGGCGCCCUAUAUAUCUACUUCUCAUCACGUUCUGUUUCUGAUCCCAUCUCCGAUUUCCAAAACUAUGUCGACUCUCUGAGAAGGAUAGCGUAUCCGGUGGACGAGCUAGAGGCCGUGCUAGACAUGGCUGCGACACGAAACAACAAGACGGUGAUAAUAGCAAUGGUGAACAAAGCCUACGUGAAGGAGGUUGGAGGAGGGAGGACGAUGUUGGAUCUGUUUUUGGAGAGUUUUUGGGAAGGAGAGGGGACUCUGCCGCUACUAGACCAUCUAGUGGUGGUGGCAGCGGAUCAGACGGCCUACGAUCGUUGCCGUUUCAAGAGGCUCCACUGCUAUAAGAUGGAGACCGAAGGGAUAGACUUGGAGGGAGAGAAAGUAUACAUGUCAAAAGAUUUCAUUGAGAUGAUGUGGCGAAGGACUCGCUUGCUCCUAGACGUCCUCAGCCGCGGGUACCAUCUUAUUUUCACGGAUACGGACGUGUUGUGGCUAAGGAGCCCUUUGUCCCGAUUAAGCAACAACGAAAACUUGGAUAUGCAAAUAAGCGUGGACAGUAAUAAUGGCACGGGAGGACACUUGAUCAACACAGGAUUCUACCACGUCCGGUCCAACAACAAGACCAUCUCCCUCUUCCAGAAAUGGUACGAAAUGAGGCUCGAGUGGACGGACAUGAAGGAACAGGACGUCCUUAAGAAGCUCUUGGACUCCGGCUUCUUUGACCAGCUUGGCCUCAACGUUGGCUUCCUCAACACAACCGAAUUCAGUGGCUUCUGCCAAGACAGCCCUGACUUGGGCGUUGUCACCACAGUCCACGCCAACUGUUGCCGCCACAUCUCUGCUAAGGUCUCUGAUCUCACUCUUGUUAUUGGUGAUUGGAAACGCUACAAAGCCUCCCGUGUCAACAGCAAGUGGAGCCCCCAUGUUGAGUGCGGGCGUUCAUGGAGUGACGCCCACUAUAUCCCCAGGCUCUGACCUUCUUUCGUUCAUAUAGUGAGAUUACUAUUUGUAUACAGAACUCCAGUAUCUAUUAACUGCAUAUCGUAUUUAGGUUAAUCGUAACUAGCUAGUGGAGCAUUGCAUGCUUCUCUUUUGACAAGUAAUUACAAAACAACUUAUAUGUGUGUUACAACAAGAUUGGUUUUU